UGUUACUUUAAGAGAUGACUGCCAGAGAAACCCGGAUAUAUUGUGACUAUUUAGGGAGGAAGCAAAGCAGGGAGCAUCAGGAAGCAAAUGCUCAAGAGAGAGAGAGUCACAGAGCUCCAUCUGCUUUGCAAAGAAGCUGAUUGAAAUAGAUUUCCUAGCAUGGCGGUGCUGAUCUUUCUCUGCCAAAGAUGCAUCCAGCUCCUUGCACUUCCCAUCUUUGUGCUGUCCUUCCUUGGUUUGUGGGAUCCUAUGUGCAAAAAGGUUUUCCCGUAUGUCAUGAACAAAUUGGCCAGAUCGUACAAUGUGAAGCUUCACAAGGAGAAGCAGCAACUGUUCAGUAAUUUGAAGGACUUUGCGGGUUCAUCAGGCCAACUCUCUCUGCUAGAAAUUGGCUCCGGCACCGGGGCCAACUUUCAGUUCUACCCAUCUGGCUGCCGAGUGACUUGCACAGACCCCAACCCCAACUUCAAGGAUUUCCUGGCAAAGAGCAUGGCUGAGAACCAGCACCUCCAGUUUGAGAACUUUGUGGUGGCCCCAGCGGAGGACCUGCGGCUUGUGUCAGAUGGGUCUGUGGAUGUCGUGGUUUGCACGCUGGUGCUCUGCUCUGUGAGCAAUGUCACAACUGUCCUGAAGGAAGUCCUGCGGAUACUCAAACCUAUUAUGUUCUUCCCCCUUCUGCAGGGUGGUGCCUUCUUCUUCAUGGAGCAUGUGGCUUCUCCCCGAUCUAGCUGGAAGUACUUCUGGCAGCAAGUCUUUGAUCCUACUUGGAAAUAUUUGGCAGAUGGGUGUUCCUUAACCCGGGAGACUUGGAAGGACCUGGACAAGGCAAAUUUCUCUGAAGUUAAACUGCAGCACAUAAAUGCCCCCUUGAAUUGGACCCUGGUCCGUCCCCAUAUCUUUGGAUAUGCUGUGAAAUGAGUUCAUAAGUUUUGGGAAGUUUCCUGCCUCUCAGGCAGAGAUCUUUGGGAAAGUAACUUUUCGGGACUAUAGUUCUUAGAAUCCUACAGCCCACACCUUCUGGACUGGCUGUGGGAUUCUAGGUGUUAUAGUCCUUCAAUAUGUUUUGAAGCUCUAUUAAAACCAGAACAGUCAUUGGCCAACUGCCUGGGGGAAGUAAAGGUGCUGGGUUCAAGGGCUUUAAUGCCAAGAGUGAAAUAGUCACAGCGUGGAAAACAUAUACAGUAGAUUCUCUUAUCCAACGUUCUGGAUUAUCCAACGCAUUCUGCCUCCCACCCGGAUCCACAGCUGCUUCUCUAGGCAGCAAAGGCUGAACUUUUUACGCAUUAAAUUUCCGACAGUGUUGUUACUAUAAGUUCAUUUUGUGCAAUUCUAUCUUUAUUUGUAGUCAGUUUCUUAGUAGCCAAUGUUUUCAAUAUAUUGCGAUGUUUUGGUGCUAAAUUUGUAAACACACUAAUUACGUAACGUUACCAUGUAUUGAACUGCUUUUCCUGACAGUUUGUUGUAAAACAUGUUUUGGUGCUUAAUUUGUAAAAUCAUAACGUAAUUUGAUGUUUAA